UUUGUGCGGCAAUUAAUUAAAAACUAUUAGAUAAAAUAUGCGUGGUUAAUUCGAGGUUAGUUUAUCUGUGGUGUAAUUUUUAAAGAGGAGAAUGAGGAGUAAAUCGGUAAAAUUGGGGCUGAGUAGUGAGACCUAUUUUGAGAGGCGGAGCUCGCGCUUCCCUCCGUUCGGCGAGGCGCGUUCAUAAUGAAAAGGAGCGCGUGAGCGGCGGUUGGUGUGACUUCCUCGCUCAUCACGCACACGCUACAUUGUGUUGGAAAGCAAGCACGUUGUUGGGCUUUUUCUGUACGCGCUUGUGAACUUUGCGCCCGAAAAUUUCUCCUUGGUUUUCAGGGAGAAACCAGAUUUAAAAAGCUACGAGCUAUUUUCUUUCUCAGGCGUCUUGUAAGUUACGAAAAACAUGUCGGCCUCGGCGGCAAAAGUGAGUAAAAAGGAGCUGAACUCGAACCAUGACGGAGCGGACGAAACCUCCGAGAAAGAGCAGCAAGAAGCUAUUGAACACAUCGAUGAAGUUCAAAAUGAAAUCGACAGGUUGAAUGAGCAAGCCAGUGAGGAGAUCCUCAAAGUAGAACAGAAAUACAACAAACUCCGUCAGCCAUUCUUUCAGAAGAGGUCAGAACUGAUCGCCAAAAUCCCCAACUUCUGGGUCACCACGUUUGUCAACCAUCCACAAGUAUCUGCUCUACUGGGAGAGGAAGAUGAAGAAGCACUUCAUUACCUGAGCCGAGUGGAGGUGACCGAGUUUGAAGACAUCAAGUCAGGCUACAGAAUAGAUUUUUAUUUCGAUGAAAAUCCGUACUUUGAAAACAAACUACUUUCCAAAGAGUUCCAUUUGAACGAGAGCGGAGACCCGUCUUCAAAGUCGACAGAAAUCAAAUGGAAAUCAGGAAAGGACCUGACUAAGCGCUCCAGCCAGACACAGAACAAAGCAGGAAGGAAGAGGCAACAUGAAGAGCCAGAGAGCUUCUUCACUUGGUUCACUGAUCACGCUGACGCCGGCGCUGACGAGCUCGGAGAGGUCAUCAAGGACGACAUCUGGCCAAACCCCCUGCAGUACUACCUGGUCCCUGAUAUGGAUGACGAAGAGGGUGAAGGUGAGGACGAUGACGAGGAUGAGGAGGGUCUGGAGGACAUAGAUGAGGAGGGAGAUGAAGAUGGAGAGGAGGAUGAAGAGGACGAUGGAGAAGAUGGAGAGGAUGACGAAGGAGAAGACGACUAAGAAAUAAUAUCAUCUACUCAGACCCUAAACCUUCUAUUCCCCGUUUUUUGUUUUUCCACUCAUGAUCGGGAGCAAAGGUUUUAAAUUUUUUUUUUUUUACUUUUUUAUAUAUAAAUCUGCGUGUGCUUCAUUUUCCAUUCUGGAGCCUCUUCACCUCGCUGGUGCCAUGUUAUGUUCUUCUUUAGACUCGUCUAAGGCCAAUGAAUUGUGAGUACCAUCCCCAAAGUCAUCUCAAUAAUAAUAAUAAUUAUUAUUAAAUAAAAUAAAAAUAGAAGCAGCACGGCAUCCUGAGUAGAGUUUGAAGACGAUUCACACAGAAUUCCUCCAGUUAAAGGUUGUGGUAAGAUGACUUAAAGCCAUGGUGUAGUGACCCAGCGCUAGUUAACCUCAAUUUCUUUAUCCCCCGUUUAAUUUCCUUAAUUUUUUUCAGUUGGGAUGUUGAUCCCUUGAAAGAAACUUGUUUUUUUCACCCCCUAUGUGGUUAACGAGUACCAGCUCAUUCCUUUUGACUUGUAAUGUUUCGGGGGAGGGGGGAGGGGCAGGAGUAUGUUGGUUAUUUGGGGAGAGUGGUUAUUUUGACACCAUUUCUAUGGGACUUUUUUUUUUUUUUCAUUGUAUUGUUUUACAGAUAUCCAUGAGAUUUGAAAUGACAUUUUUAAUAAAGAACAAAAUGGAAAAAAAAAAAAACAAGCUUGUAAAUUUUGGCCCCCUAACUGCUUCAUGGGUAAAAUAAAAUAAGACCUGUCGUCUCAUAGAAGUUGCAUUAAAUCACCUUUCAUUUGGGUGGGUGGGAAAGAAACUGUUUUAACUUUGAGGUGUAAAACUUGCUUUGUUACAAUAAUAAAACUUACUGUGUUUACACGUG